AUGCCCACUGGCAUGAAUAAAGGAAUCACUCGGGAGUGCAACAGGGACUUCAAUUACUUACUUAUGACUGGAUCGCCCAUUAAUCAACGCCAAAGUGAGGAGAAAAGCGGCAAGACCCCGGCCUGCAUUUCCCCCGGAAUAGAAACCACGCGGUAUUCCGGCCUCAACCCUGACGAGACCGCUGAGGAAUUGGCCAAUGGCAUGGGGUGGUUGCGGUCAUUGGAAGAUACAAUUGCCUAA